AUGUGAUCUGAUUCUGUAAUUUAUAUGUUAGAAAGUCAGGAAACUAAAAUAUCGUGAAUAUGGGAUAAUAUUAAACAUUUGAGAUACUGGAGGGCUAGAAAGGUAUAAGAAUUUGCCUCCUAUAUAUUACAAAAGUGCUAAUGGAAUUUUUGUUGUCUUUGAUCUAGCCAACAGGAAUUCUUUUUUCAAUGUUAAACAAUGAAUAAAGGAUAUAGAAGAAUUUUCAAAUAUUAGUCUUGCAAUUUUAAUAGGGAAUAAAUCGGAUCUCAUAAACCAAAGAGAAAUUUCAUUUGAAGAAGCUAAAGACUUUGCAGAUGAGUUAAAUAUUCCUUAUUUAGAAGUUUCGGCAAAAAAUGGUAACAAUAUUAAUGCAGCAUUCGAAGCUUUAUUUAAUGUAGCGCUUAGCAAUUUUAAUUCUCAUAGAUAA